AGAAUGCAUAGAGGUGUUUCUGUACAGCACUGGUGUCGGCACGUACUUGUUCGUUCUUCUCCCCUCCCCCGAGCGGCCGCUGCACGCGCAUUCCAUGCGUUUUCACCCCCCAUCUUUCCCGCAUAAUCACACGCCUGCUCGUAAAGCAGCUCCCCUCUCGCUCGUCCCACGGGAUAGCCGUUUACGGCGUAGAUAGACAACCAUACAUUCCUCUUCACACAAACUCUUUUCUUUUUAAAUCUUGUUGCUCCUCUCUUCUCACCGGUGCAGACGGCCUCGGGCAGAUUUCCGUACAAACGCCCACGACGACCUUUUCUUACCCUCGCUGUCUCCAACGCUGCGAGGCUUUUAAUUCGUCAUGCGUCGCCAAUUGCGAGCUCGAUGGCAACGCGUUCUGGGGCAGUCGCUGCGCGGAAGCUGCACCAUGCAGUCCCUCGUCAAGGCGCAGUCGGCUCUCAUGAAAGGCAAGAAGCCGUCGUCUGACGCGGCGGCUGACUACACGGAGUUCUUUCGGGUGUCCAUCUCCCUCGAUUCUGGCAUUGAGCGCAGCGCGCAGGAGUACUUUGAAAGUAUGAAAAAUGACAUGGCCCACCAGCAGGAAUCGCUGACGGUGCAGGAGCAACAAAAGGAUUAUGCCAAGACAGCCGAUGUGCCCAUCUUUCUGGUAGGCUACCAUUUCAAGUCCAAGGUAUUUUCGCUCUACUCGAUCACAGCAGACAAGAUCGUCUGCACGGUGAACAUCGGCGCCAACGCGUCCGAUGCGUGGGGCCUCGCGGACGACAUCAUGCUGCACACCGGCGGUGUAUCACAGUUCAUUUUGCUGCCGGUGGCGGAGACAACACAAGAGCGCAACAGCCUCGUUGACCCUCUGAAGAAGCUCAGCGAGAUGCUUCGUUCCAGCGGUCUGCAGCCCGUCGUUCACGUCGACACGCUGGAGCUGUGCUCCUCGCUGCGCCCCAACCCGCCCUCGCCGCGGGAGGUCACCGCACACGCCUUCUCCGGUGUGUCGCCCACUCCGUUGUCUCAAACGUGGUUUCAGGCGCACUGGAUCUUCCUGCGGACGGCGGCGUGCCGGGCCGCCUCAGAAGACCCGCUGCGCACAGUGAGCGCUUACAUUCUGCCUCGCUUUGACGUGUACGUGAUUCAUCUAGUCCGGACAGGCUCGCGUGGACUUAACGUGUCGAUGUGGGAUCCGGUGCGACGACGGCACUACUCGGCCAAGGGAAUGCUCUCCGACGUGCUUGCCUGCCUCUUUGACACCCGCUCGACUCGCAUGAUCCUCCUGCCCACCAACCGCACAGACCGCGCCUCCCUCUUCCGCUGCCGCGCCGCUGUCACGAAGAGCGGGAAUAGAUGCGUCGUCGUGUUCGCCUCUGAGGUGAGCGAGGCCAUGCGUGGCGCCUACCAGUCCAGCCCGUCACGCUACUGGGAGACGCUGAAGGAGGCCGCGAAGUGGCUGGAUGCGGAUUUGCUGUUUAACGUUUACAUCACAGCCGGCAACACGCUGCGCGCUUAUCAGAAGAAAGCGCUGGCGGACAGCAAGGAGCGCAACUAUCUGGAGCAGCUGGCACCUACGCAGGAGAGUACCAUCGCCACUCCGCAGAACGUGUCCGACUGGGCCAAGUACUUCACUUUCCCCAAGCGCGUUGCCGCUGAGAGGGCCGAGGCACGGCACUACACGAAGUACAUCGCCGUGUCCUUCAUAGCCACUGACAACGUCGUCUACGCCCAGCCAAUGAAUCCGGUAGCGCGACAGAACUACGUGCUGAGUGCCUGCCUCAGCGACCACGCAGGACGGACGGUGGAGCCGUGGAGCGUUUACAGCGGCCGUGGCCAGUUCUGCCUGCCCAAGCUGGACGACUACGAAGUGCUGGUCACGCAUGAUGCAAAGACGUUCCUGCUGCUGCUUUGGCAAGACGUGGAGCUGCAGAAGUUUCUGAAACGCGGUGGACGCGUGUGGUGCGUGACGCUGGCGGAGUACCUCCUCGAGGCGCAGCGCUGCGUGACGGGCAAAAACGGCCUGGGCGAGUUGGCGCUGCGCCACGGUGCCCUCCUGCCGUCGGCGUCGCGCGUCGGGACGGCGAACGACCGGCUGCCCUUUGCCUUCCAACGCCGGUUUCUCCUGCUGGCAACGCCGGUUGUUUUAAAGAUAUUUCACGCGCAGCUCACCCGCUCAUGCGAGCAGUGCCAGAUGAUGAGUCUGGCGCACCGCAUGGACUCGCUGCUGGCCAUGGCGAGCAUGGAGUGGGCCGGCAUUCACAUCGACGCCGAGGAGGCGACGCGGCAGGCGGCGUCGCUGCGGAAUGCGGCGGCCGUGCUGGACCGCACCCUCGCGGGCUACAUCCCACCCGAGGUGCCUCAGGAGAUGCACGAGCUCUUUGACUGGCGCUCGCUGCAGCAGACGCACGCCCUCUUCUUCGGCGGCACGAUUAACUUAGGAUACAACGGCGGAAGUCGCGAUAACCCGCUGUGGACGUCGAACCUGGUGCACCUGUGCCACAAGUACGGCGACUUUACGCGCAUGGUCGGCGAGCUGCACCUGCAACGCUACGCAGCGCUGUGCUCUCUCCCUCUCACCACCAAGCUCCCGCAGCGCGUGGCAAGCUUUAUUGACGAGCAGGGCACACAGAAAACAAAGACGUACCGCAUGGUGUUCUUCGAUGUGGAGACGACGGGGCUCAACCCGGCGACGGACGCCAUUGUUGAGAUCGCCCUGUUUGACCCGGUGGAGAACACGACCUUUCACACCUUAGUGAACCCGCAGCGGGUCAUUACGCCGCGCACGGUCAGCAUUCAUCACAUCACAAACGCCUUGGUGCGGGAUGCACCAACGAUGGAGACGGUGGCACCCAGCAUCGGUGAAUACCUGCGCCUGGACAAGGCGUCGUACAACCCAGACGAGGUGCUGGUGAUGGUGGGACACAACGUUUUUGGCGUGGACGAGCCUCUGCUGCGGCGGGCGAUCGAGCGACACGCGCCGGACGUGCAGCUGGACGGUGUGCUGUUCUGCGACUCCCUCACGAUGCUCGUUGCCCUGCGCUCCGACGUCGCCGCUCACCAAAACACCUAUCGCAUGGAGCGGCACGUCGCCGACGCGUUGGUGACCUCUCUGCGCUUAGGCAGCCUCAUGACGACCCUCAAGGUGCGACCGGAGGGGGAACUGCACCGGGCUAUCACGGACACGAGGGCGCUGUGGUACGUCUUAUUGCACGCUUUUGGGUUGACGGGCGAAGACCCGGUGGCGCAGCGGGACGCGCUGCUGGCUUUCGCCGCCAACACGCUGCUGCGCUACCCAUCGAAGGGGUGCUUUGUGGCGACGGACCGCAAGAACAAAGCGAUCAAGCUGCGACUGCCUGGCAUCGCCUCGGCCUACAUCAAAAAUUCAAAGCUGGUCGCCAGUCUCCAGCACAAGGUCUUCUCGGAGGCCGUGCUGGCGUCAUUAAGCGCACACGGGGUGAAGCCGGCCAGCCUGCUGCUGCAGCGCCAGGUGCUGGAGCGCCACGUCUCGUCGUUCCUGCAGCCGAACUCCGAUGGCCGCCUUGCCACUUUGCACCCGGACGGGUGCGUGCAUCAGCACAUCGACAUGACCGCCACGACGACGUCGCGCACCGUCAGCGCCCACCCAAGCUGUCAGAACAUCCCGAAGGACGAUAAGUCCUCUGUGCGGCGCCUCUUUGUCUCCCGCUUCGGCGCGCAGGGCCGCUGCGUAGAGGUCGACUAUUCGCAAUUAGAGAUCGUCGUGCUGGCCAAUUUGUGCAACGACGCCAACCUGUCUAGAGACCUCAAUAAGGGAGUCGACUUCCACGUGAAGCGGGCGGCGUUUUUUAGCGGGCUGCCGUACAAAGAGAUCUACCAAGGCUACAAGCGAGACGUGCCAAAGUACGUGAAGCUGCGCAAGACGGCGAAGCAGUUCUCUUUCCAGCGGCUCUACGGCGCCGGCGUGCCGUUGCUGCACAAGACCACCGGCAUCUCCGUCAAGGAUCUGGAGUCCUCCAUCAAGCAGGAGAACGAGGAGUACCCCAGUAUCGCAGAGUUUCACCGCAUCGUGCGCUCCGUAGCGCUGCGUCCAAACAACCCCGGCCUUCCGACCUGCUUUAUUGCGGAGAUGCCGACGGGCCUGCGCAUGAGUUUCCGCACACGCGAUGUUGUCUUAAACCUGCCACCCAUAAAGAACUACCCCAUUCAAGGCUACGGCGCGGAACUGGCGCAGAUGAUGCUGGGCCGUCUCUUUCGACACUUCGUGAAGAAAAACUUCUACAAAGAUCGCGCCUGUCUGAUCAACUUCGUGCACGACUCCGUGUGGAUCGACUGUCAUGUGGACGUGCUGGAGCAGUGCGUGACGGACACGUGCCGCAUUCUGAGCUCCGUGCACGAGUACGUGCCUAAGACGUUCCCCGGGGUGAAGGUGAGCGUGCCGCUGCACGUGUCGGCGUCGUGCGGGGUGGACAUGUGCUCCAUGCAGACCAUCAAAGACGGCGACUACUCGUUCGUUGCGAUGCAGAAAAAAUCGAAGGUGGCGGAGGUGGGAGACUUCCUCGAUUUGUCGGCCAAGUCAACGCUGUCCAGCGCGGUGGCUGAAAGCAUGGCCUCGCCUUCGGAGACGGAGGGCGAGGGCGAAGAGGAGGUGAUUGUGGUGGAGGAGACACGGGCGGCAGCUCAGUAG